UGUUAUAUUGUAUUAUUUUGAAAGGUCCGGGUUGUGGUGUGGUAGGAGCGCGUUGUUUUUGUGUGUGUGUGUGUUGUAUUUGUGAAGCGGCGUGUCUGUGUCAGCGCGUUUGUUUUUCUUCUCAUCCUCUCAUUCACAGUCUGUGUGUUUCAGGGCUGACAGCUUCGCGGGUUUCCAGACAGAUUCUCAUUGUUCUGAAAGCGUCUCGCGGGUCAAUACGGGUUUCGUUCUGUUACCCGGAGCGCGCGCCGGCUGCUCGUGGCUGCUGUCUUUCUGACGUCACACGCAGCUUGUAGAGAAGCGCGUCUCCAAACCUCGCAGCGCAGCUCAGUGACGCGCUUGAAAACGCGACACAGCAUUCCCUAAUAACACUUGCCAUGCAUUAUGACUUCAAAGCCAUCACUGUAAGGCGAUGACCUUAUUAUUUAUUGAUUUUAUUUUGUUUUAUUUUACUUUAUUAUUUCUUUGAUCACCAAUUGCCAUGACAACACACUGUUUAUGUAUGUAGUACUUAUUUUAAGGUAAUAAAUAAACACAAUUCUCUAGGGAUUUAUUUAUUUUUAAUUCUUAUUACUCUCUUACAUCUCAUUACAUUAUGUAUGUGUGUGGAGAUUAGAUAAAGGGCUAUUUGGAAGAGAAAAUAGGAGGCACUUUUUUACACAGAAAAUUGUGAGAGUCUGGAACCAACUCCCCAGUAACAUUGUUGAAGCGACACCCUGGGAUCCUUCAAGAAACAGAUUCUAAUAAUAAUAAUAAUACUAACAAUCUUUCGUUUUAUAUAGCGCCUUUCAUAGUGGUCCACCAUCACAAAGCGGUGUGUGAGCUAUGCAUCAGCUGCAGAGUCACUUACAACAACGUCUCACCCCAAAGGCAGAGCACAAGGAGGUGAAGUGACUUGCUCAGGGUCACACAAUGAGUCAGUGGCUGAGCUGGGAUUUGAACCGGGGACCUCCUGGUUACAAGCCUGUUUAUUUAACCACUGGACCACACAGCCUCCUAAAAGGAACAACAAGCUCUUAACAACCAAGGUUUGAGGACAAAAUGACUCCUUGCUGAUCAGUCUUUUCAAGAGAAUGUUUUAUAAAACACCAAACAUACUUAUUAAAUGAAAAGAGAACUAUAGUAACUUUCAUCCAUCAUUCUUGAGAUUAGACAGAUACAAUCCUCUGGGAUUAUAAACGUAUUACAAGAAAUUCUGUGUCCCUUCAAUAGUAAAGCCAGCCCUGCUAUUACAGCCAGGUUUUGUCGGUCCCUUGAAUGGCCUUAGUAGCACUAUAUUUAAAUAAAUGCAUUUCUUUUUCAGCUGCUACUAAGCAGAAUCUCGUGUGCUGCCAUGGACAGUGUGGAGAUGGAAUCUGUCCAGAUUAAAGAGGAGUUCUCUGAACCUGAACUUGUCCCCUUUAGAGCGGAGGUCGCUGGGUUGGCUUCCCUCCCCAUUAAACAGGAGCUCUGUGAGAUGCAAUGUGACAGCAGCCAGCCAGAGGUCUCUGAGAUUAAAGCUGAGCACAGUGAAUUGGAGAUCCCACAGACAGAAGAACCGCUUCCUGUUAAACAAGGAGAGGUGCUCGAAAUUAACUGUAUUAAACAGGAGCCCCCUGAAGUAGAGUUUGACCACGUGGAACCAGGGAAGGAAGAAUCUGAGGACUUCAAACCAAACAUCCCUGAGCUGGAGAGAAUCUGCGUGAGAGAGCAAGGUGAUGGAGAGGAAGGCUCUCCCAACAGCAUGCAAGGAGGUGGAAAGGAAGACGGGCGCUCCCAUUCAGAAUGCAUUCUAGCAGGUUCCAGUCCAGCAGCUAAAGCGAGGGCAGACGGUGGAGAAUAUCCUGACUGUGGGAAAGGUUUCACGCAGUUAGGGCAUUUAAACAAAACCCAGCGAACUCACACAGGCGAGAAACCGUAUCACUGCUCUGACUGUGGGAAGAGUUUCAAUCAUUUUAGAAACCUAAAACAACACCAGCGAAUUCACACAGGAGAGAAACCGUAUCACUGCUUUGACUGUGGGAAGAGUUUCAGUCAGUUAAGCAGCCUUGUUUUACAUGAGCGAAUUCAUACAGGAGAGAAACCGUAUCACUGCUCUGACUGUGGGAAGAGUUUCAGUCAGUCAAACAGCCUUGUUUUACACCAGCGAACUCACACAGGAGAGAAACCGUAUCACUGCUCUGACUGUGGGAAGAGUUUCAGUCGGUCAGACAGUCUUGUUUCACACCAACGAACUCACACAGGAGAGAAACCGUAUCACUGUUCUGACUGUGGGAAGAAUUUCAGUCGGUCAGGCAGCCUUGUUUCACACCAGCGAACUCACACAGGAGAGAAACCGUAUCGCUGCUCUGACUGUGGGAAGAGUUUCAGACAGUUAGGAAGCCUAAAAGAACACCAGCGAGUUCACACAGGAGAGAAACCAUUUCACUGCUCUGACUGUGGGAAGAGUUUCAGUUGGUCAGACAGCCUUGUUUCACACCUACAAACUCAUACAGGAAAGAAACUGUGUCUGCUCUGACUGUAGGAAGAGUUUCCGUCUUAAACAAGCCCUUCAAAAACACCAGCGAAUUCAGAGGAGAGAAACCUUAAAGACUGUUUUGUGUAUCACUCUUAACCCUUUGCGGUCAGUUUAUUCAGCACCUGUGAG